UAAACCUACUGUUCUUUUUUCAUGGUCGGGAAAACCGGUUUGUCAUUUUUCGUUAUCGUUUUACUUGCGCUGCUCAAUCGCCUUCGUUUUCAAGAAAGUUUUCAUUCGUGAUAAGAUCAUGUUUCGGAAUAAGUCCUGGAGAUUAUGACGAAGAAACUUGCAUUCUUGUAACUUAGAAGCUGAUGACAUCAUGUCGAUGCCGAAUCAUAUGGGUAUAAACCAGCCUAAAUCAGCAUUAUGAAUAGUUCAGAUGGCUCGAAACAGGCGAAGCAAACAGAAACACUCAACAAGGAAAGAGAGCAAUGCGUGUAAAACAGACCAAGAUUUUGAAAAUUAUUCGAAAGAUUAUAUUGAUUUCUCAGAGAAACUGUCUCGCGUUCUUGAUCACGUUGCCGUUAAUGAAGACUUAAUUCGUUUGAGAAGGACAUUCAUUCGCUGUGUUGAACGUGAACAGACACUUAUAGCCAAAGCACUUGGUAAUAACAGACGAUGUUAUUCUUUUGGAAGUCAAAUCGAGGUGACUACAACAAUUGGAAUGAUGUCUGAUGUAGACUCCUUACAGCGUUUUGAAACGUUUCGUUUGUUUCUUGACUCAGAAAAUCCACCUCUUCCGCCGCAUGAUCACCAAGUAGUGAUUAUGGUGAGCACAAACGGUUGUACCUCGCAGUUUUGUGUUUUAACAAUGACUGAACCAUCAACACAAGCACGGCGUUUUCACCCAUUGGAUACUUAUCAGGAUAACGACGAUAUCGUUAAUUUUUUUCGAUGGGAUUGGACAAAAACGGACGGCAUGAUUCCAAAUUCAGUUAUGUGUAUCGUCCCAAGACAACCGCCUGCAAUACUUAGACUAGCUAGACGACACGGGCCUGCAGAAUUUUUAGGCAAUAUAGACACUGUUAACGCGUAUUAUUGUAAAAGUCUUCCUAGGCAAUGCAAGUACGUUUUCGAAAGGCCUCGUCCCGGUCACUGGCCUUCAAUACAGACGUUGAAAAAAGCCAAGAAAUAUGGCGUCUUUAUAGUUCCUCAGGGACCACCCCCAAGUACGAAUAUCUGUACAUACGAUUUUUUUCAUUAUCAGUGGCGAUUUUCCACAAAUCUAACAGAGCGGCUUUUUAUGUUCAGUUUAGAUAAAACACAUCUUCAAGCAUAUGUCCUGACUAAGAUGAUAAGAAAGGAGUUGUUUUCGCCAGAAUAUCAAGACAGACUGAGUACAUUUCAUUUCAAAACAGCUUUCUUCUUUGCGAUCGAGAAUACCCAGCCUAGUGUGUGGAGGGCGGACAAUAUCAUCAAUUGUGUGAAGUACAUACUUGCAACUUUGAGGCGCUUCUUAACACGCCACAAUUGUCCACAAUUGUCCACAUUUUACCAUAGAAAAUGUUAACCUAUUUGAUGGGAAACUUGAAAGACACGAAUAUACCAAAUUGGUGGAUAAACUUACAAAUAUUAUUAAUUCACUGAUGGCAACGAUCGAAAAUAUAAAAAUGGAUAACAUUGGAAAGUUGCUUAAUGAGCGAGAUGCGAGCAGCCAUGAAAGCAGCAUAUAUCAUUCGAAUGGUUCAGCACUAUCUUUCUGUGUAUUGUCGUAUUAUCGGGUAGAAGAAUAUAUUUUUAAUGCAUUUUUUUUGUCAGGCCCAUCUUUCAAGAGCAGGAUAACUGAGUUUGAAAAUAAAUUUACUCUCUUAGAAAAGUAUAAUCGCGCACCGUUGGAAAAGUACAAAAAAUACGACUAUGUAUUUCAUAGCAUCAUGUCAGAUAUAGCUUGUUUGGGUGCUUCAUUAUAUUUGGAACAGAGGGCAGACGGACGUGAAUAUAAUCACGAUGUCAUAAAAAAAGCUAGACAAUUAUAUUUACAAUCUCUAGAGUCUGAUAUCAUUGGAAACUACAUGCGAUACGCUUCCUUCCUUUUCUGCAACGGAGAGUUUGAUGAAGCAUGUAAAUAUUUUGACUUGAUUGAAAAGCAGAUAGAAGCAGAUACAAAAUCUAAUCUAAUUUUGCAGUUUUUAGUUUCUCCGUCAGAGUCAUUAGCAUUGCAGAUUGCAAAUCAUUCAUGUGGGCUGUCUUACAAACAAAAAUGGUCUGUCUUUUUGAUAUUUAGACAAGAAGACGCGAUGUGUGUUCCUGAAUUCUUGCGUUGCGAAAUGUACCGUAGGCUUUGCGGCAUCAACACACCAACCCGUUUACCAUUUUAUUACAAGGAAGAGUGUAUGUGUGUGCAAAUAGAACCCUAUCUCUACUAUCUACAGUACCUUACAUACAGGGAACUCCACCGAGAGCCUCAACAGUCUCAAGCUUUGAGGAAGUUAUCGAGAUUCACUGAAAUCAUGAAACCAACAAGAAUCAUCUCACCGAAUGGCGAUAUUUUCCUAUCAUUCGCCCAUUUUGAUGCCUCUUUGAACAUGUUAGGACACUGCUUGGAACUGGAGCAGAAGUUGAAAUCGGCAUUGAACACUUACAAAGCUUCUUUGCAAAUGGUUCCUCAAAAAAAUGCGGCCGUCCUGCAUAUAAUUAGACUUCUGUGGCCAGUUGUUCAAAGCCUGUGGGCAUAUGGACAUUUAAACAACACUCUCGAAGUGACAAACAGAAAAUGAUGUAUCUUGUUAUCGUAAUAUGACUCGAACAAAAGUUAACACUUAAUGUGAUUAUUACGUCAACUUAACCCUUGGACACGGAUUCUUAUAUAGUACAAUAAUAAUAAUAAACAAAAAUAAAUAUAUAUAUAUAUAUAAUGGGAUACGCAUAUUAUACGAAGCUACAGACUAUAGAAAUGGCUACUACUUAUACUACAGUCACUACUACUAUAAGUAUUGUAUUGUUAUUAUUAUUAUUAUCAAUUAUUAUAUUCAAGUAUUUGAAGUCAUUAUCAAUCCAAAAUAUUAUUCAACACCUCUAUGGAUUUUAAGUUUAGUUGAAUAAACGGGAUUAAACUAGAAAAAAUGGGCAUGUUUUUACUCAGUACAAAUUAAUCAACCUUUUACAACAUAGAAAAGUAAAUGACUUAUUUAAAGAAACUACCUCAUUAAUUGAGUUUUAUACAUUUUAGCAGCUAAAGAAAAUUAACCAUAUAUGCGAUACCUUAU